AUGCUGCAGAAGCUUCGGGACGAUGAACUGCAGGUAGAGAAGCCUCUGGCGGAGCUUGACAACCUGGGACACACAGACUGGGCCCGGCUGUGGGUCCAGCUCAUGCGGGAGCUCCGCCACGGAGUGAAGCUGAAGAAGGUGCAGGAGCGAGAGUUCAACCCCUUGCCCACCGAGUUCCAGCUCACCCCCUUCGAGAUGUUGAUGCAGGACAUCCGCGCCAGGAACUAUAAGCUGCGCAAGGUCAUGGUCGAUGGAGAUAUCCCUCCCAGGGUGAAGAAGGAUGCCCAUGAACUCAUCCUGGACUUCAUCCGCUCCCGGCCUCCGCUGAAACAGGUCUCAGAGAGAAGGCUUCGCCCCUUACCCCAAAAGCAGAGGACCCUGCAUGAGAAGAUCCUGGAGGAGAUCAAGCAGGAGCGGAGGCUGCGCCCGGUGGGGGCCGAGCGCUGGCGUGGCCGGGGGUUUGGCUCUCUGCCCUGCAUCCUCAAUGCCUGUUCUGGGGACACCAAGUCCCCUUCCUGCAUCAACCUGUCUGUCAUGGACGCCGGGAACAACACCCAACGCCCACGGCCCCGGGUCCUGCUCAAGGCGCCCACCUUGGCUGAGAUGGAGGAGAUGAACACAUCUGAGGAGGAAGAGUCUCCGUGUGGGGAGGUGACACUGAAGCGGGACCGCUCUUUCUCGGAGCAUGACCUGGUCCAGCUCCGGAGCGAAGUGGCCUCUGGCCUGCAGCCAGGCACUCAGCCCCAAGGAGGGUUGGAAUCAUCCCGGCCCCGCACGGGCAGCAUGCACGCCUGGAGGCCAAGCACCCAGGAGCAGGGUUCCUUCCCUGUAAGUGUCCAGGUCCAGCCUGACCCUAGCUCUCUACCACACAGUGACCUGGGCUCAGCAGAGGACCGGCCGGAGGCUUCUGCAGCCCCAGACACCAAUCAUCUGUGGCUGGAGUUCAGCCACCCCGUGGAGAGCCUUGCUCUGACCGUGGAGGAAGUGAUGGAUGUACGCCGUGUGCUGGUGAAGGCUGAGAUGGAGAAGUUUCUGCAGAACAAGGAGCUCGUCAGCAGUCUCAGGAAGGGGAAGAUUUGUUGCUGUUGCCGAGCCAAGUUCCCGCUGUUCUCCUGGCCACCCACCUGUCUCUUCUGCAAGAGGGCUGUCUGCACUUCCUGCAGCAUAAAGAUGAAGAUGCCUUCUAAGAAGUUUGCACACAUUCCUGUCUACACGCUGGGCUUUGAGAGUCCUCGGAGGGUGUCAGCUACCAAAACGACGCCGACCCAGAGAAGAGAUGCCUUCCAAUCCCUGCAGGGGCCCCAGUGGCCGAGUGUGGAGGAGGCAUUCCCGCACAUCUACACCCACGGCUCUGUCCUCAAGGACGUCUGCAGUGACUGCACCAGCUUCGUGGCAGACGUAGUGCGCUCCAGCCGCAAGAGUGUGGAUGCCCUCAACACCACGCCUCGCCGCACCCGCCAGACCCAGUCCCUGUACAUCCCUAACACCUGGACUCUCAACUUCAAGUGA